AUGUCCACCUCCGACACGAACGACUUCCAAACCGACGAUCAAGUCGUUAUUGCCCGUGUAGGGAUUAAAGCACCGGAGUUUUGGCGCACAGAGCCCGAACUAUGGUUCCUACGCCUGGAAGCCCAAUUCAGGCAAGCCAAAAUAACAUCUGAUGACUGCAAGUUCGAUCACACCGUAACAAGUUUAAACAGCGAGGUCCUAUUAGAGGUAGCCGACAUACUACGAAAUCCAACUAGAGGUAGGGCCUACGAAGACCUCAAAACUAGACUGUUAGAGAGAUAUGGCAGUAGCGCUGAUGACAAAAUUCACCAGCUUAUGGAGAUGACCUUGGGCGACCUUAAACCAACACAGCUUCUCCACCGAAUGCAAGCUUUGGCCUCAAAUAACGUUUCUACGCAGGUUCUAAAGAAACUCUGGUUAGACCGCCUACCACCCCAAGCCCGGGGAGUCAUAGCAAUCCUGGAUGGAGACCUGGAGGAAUUGGCCAAGAAAGCUGACAAAUAUAUACAAUGUUCUAGUUUUCCUAUCAUGGCCAUGGACGGAAAGCCUGCGUUAAACAACAAAGUAAGUGUGGACGAGAAAACUGACGGGCACUGCUACUAUCACAGGAGAUUUGGGUCCCAAGCUAAGAAGUGUAGAGCACCAUGUACCUUCUCAAAAAAACGAUCAAGAGGGGGCGCAGUAAUCAUGACAACCACUGCCCCCCAUGCACCACGUCGCCUUUUCGUCACAGAUAAAGCCCUAAAACUGCAGUUCCUUGUUGACACUGGAGCAAGUUCUCACACUCGGACUUAA